AUGUCACUUUCUAAUUACAAUAAACCAAAUACCCAAACUUAUUACCGGCACGAUGAAAGUGAGAGAGGAACAAUCGAUUAUUUUUAUCAACGAAAUGAACAUCAAAAUGGUAGAAUCGUCACUGAUUACCAUGUCCGAUCUGUAGAAAAUCCACUGCCCCUACGUAUAUCUCAACAGAGCCCAUUAAGUCCACCACUGCCUCUGCAUGUACGCCAACAAAGCUCACAUGUACCUGCUACUUCUUAUACUGAGCAAAUGACAAAUUAUACAGGAAAUAAUUCUACAA